AUGGAUCACCAGCAGACUUCGGAGCAAUCGCAGCCCAGCAAGCGCAUCUAUAUUGGAAACCUUCCUUACGCAGCCCAAGCCGAGGAUGUGGAACAAUACUUGGAGGAAGCCGGCUUCCAGAUUGAACGACUGGAUAUGUCUACCGAUCCUUUCACUGGCAGAAACCCAUCAUACUGCUUUGCUGAGCUGUUUUCGGUAGAGGAGGCUGAGAGAGCCAUUAGCUCGCUUCCUGGUGCAAGCUUUAUGGGCCGUCCUCUGAGAGUCAACGUGCAUACACCAAAGACCCGCGGAGCAAAUGGCACAAACACUCCUCUGCGUUCUUCUACCAGAUCUCCUUUCUCUGCUGAGCGUACCUGGCGAGGCUCACCUGCCGUCAACGGUGCCGAGACUCCUUCCAAGACUGGCGAACGCGAUUCGUAUGCUUCCAACCGCUGGGAGCGCAAUGACGCUGCAUCCCAUUGGAUUGCACCUGUAGAGACUGGUCGCAGACUCUAUGUUGGUGGCUUGCCGCAAAUUGAUGGCCCAGAAAUCAUCAACGAGGAGAUGAAGGCACUGUUCAGCGACUACACAGUUGAGGCCGUUAGCAAGUUGAUCUCACCACACGAGUCUACAGCAACCUUGCCUGGCGACCACCACUACUGCUUCGUUGAUUUUGCUACCACCGAGGAUGCGCAAGCAGCUGCCAACGCAGUAAACGGAGCCACGACAUCUACAGGAAACAAGCUGAAGGUCAACAUGGCCAGAGAGAGACCCAACAGAAAGGUGGUCAGAGAGCAGAACCUGCCCGAGAAGGAGAAGCCUGCACCAGUCAGGGAUUUUGGCUCUAGCUGGCGUAGGGCCAAUUAA